AUGCCAGAAUUAGAAGCAAAAAGAAAAGCGGAAGAGCUUUCCGUGGUGCCUGCCAAAAAAACUCGCCAUGAAAUUUCUGUUGUCGGCACACGAGAAAAAGCUGUGGUAACCUCAUCCGUACCAAGAACUUCAAACUUGUAUGCACCUAUAAUGUUACUAGAAGGACAUCAAGGUGAAAUUUUCACAGCCAAGUUUCACCCAGAAGGCAAACAUUUAGCAUCAGCUGGUUUUGAUAGGCAAAUAUUUCUCUGGAAUGUUUAUGGACAAUGUGACAACAUAAUGGUAAUGAAAGGCCACACUGGGGCAAUAAUGGAACUAUGUUUCUCACCUGACGGGGCCCACAUGUACACUUGUGCUACUGACACUACUGUAGCAGUUUGGGAUGUACCAACAGGAACCAGGAUUAAGAAGUUAAAGGGACAUGCAAAUUUUGUUAACUCUGUAUCAGGUGCAAGGAGAGGUCCUGAACUUUUAGUAUCAGCAUCAGAUGAUAAUACCAUCAAAUUAUGGGAUGCAAGGAAAAGAAAUCCUAUAGCAUCCUUUGAUAGCACAUAUCCUGUCACAUCAGUACUUUUCAAUGACACAGCAGAGAAGAUUAUAUCAGGAGGCGUAGAUAAUGUAAUUAAAGUAUGGGAUAUUAGAAAUAACCAAAUUGCUUACAAAAUAAAAGGUCAUACGGAUACUGUUACAGGCAUGGCUUUGUCGUAUGACGGGUCUUACCUUUUAUCCAACUCUAUGGACAACACACUAAGGAUAUGGGAUGUGAGGCCGUUUGCUCCUUCAGAGAGAUGCGUCAAACUGAUGUCAGGUCAUCAGCAUAACUUUGAGAAAAACUUACUCCGAUGUGCCUGGUCACCUGAUGGAUCUAAGGUAGCGGCGGGGUCGUCGGACCGGCACGUGUACGUGUGGGACACGACGUCGCGGCGCGUGCUGUACAAGCUGCCCGGCCACCGCGGCGCCGUCACCGACGUGCAUUUCCACCGCGCCGAACCCGUGCUGCUCUCCGCCUCCGCCGACAAGCUCAUCUACCUCGGGGAGAUCGAGCCU